CUACCCCUGUCUGCUUUGUGUUGCCAGAUGGGAGAGUCACGCCAUCGAAACAGAAGAACAUGCUUUAAUUCGAAAACGUAGAGGUAAACAAAGAGGUAAGAAACGUUCGCCUCUGGAGCAAUAAUCGACUAUUUGGGCCACGUUACAGUUGUUUCUUGCGUGUCGGAAUGAAGUCUACAGACAUUUUACUAUCCACUGCACUUCUUUUCCUGCUCUCGGGAUUUUCCAUUACCACCGCCUGUAACAAAGCACUCUGUGCCAGUGAUGUCAGCAAGUGCCUCAUUCAGGAGCUGUGUCAGUGUAGGCCUUCGGAUGGAAACUGCUCCUGCUGUAAGGAGUGUAUGCUCUGUCUGGGCUCCCUCUGGGAGGAGUGCUGUGACUGUGUAGGGAUGUGUAACCCCAGGAACUAUAGCGACACUCCAGCCACUUCCAAGAGCACGGUGGAGGAACUCUAUCGGCCCAUCCCCUCGCUGUUCCGCGCCCUCACCGAGGGCGAAGCGCCGAUCAACAUGAUGGUGGUGUCCUUCCCCGUGGCAGAGGAACUAUCCUACCAUGAGAAUCUGGUGUCCUUCCUGGAGACCAUGGAGGACCAGCAUCAGAAUGUUUCCCUGCCAGGGAACAGUAUCCAUGCCAGCUAUGAUAACACCCAAGGCCCUGAAGAUAUUAUGUGCACGGUAGUGUACUUUGACGACUGCGUCUCCAUCCGCCAGUGCAAGCAGUACUGCGAAUCCAUGGGCGGUUCAAAGUACCGCUGGUUCCACAACGCCUGCUGUGAGUGCAUCGGCCCGGAGUGCCUCGACUACGGCAGCAAAGCCGUCAAGUGCAUGAACUGUCUGUUCUAACGGAAGCCAGCGGGACUGACAGCGUUGGGGUACUCCGAACAGACCGGCACAAGGGGGCGCUAUGUCCAGAGUAGCAGGUGGUGGUGGUGGGCCUUGUUGACUGAGGGAGACUAGAGUCUGUGUGCCUUUCAUGACAAUGCUUCAGUAUUGUGAUGUCAAAUUUUAGCCCUUACAAAUGAUCUUUGCUCUUGAUGUGUGGUCUUUUUUUUAUAAAUAUAUUUUAUAGGUUCUCUAGCAGAAGAGAAAUAUAUGGAUUGUUUUAUAUUCCCUGAUAUUGCUGUUGAAAGGGUCACUAUGCCAAACAGGUUUGUAUAGUCAAGUAGAGAGGCCAAAAAAAAAAAACUAGCUUUUUACAAUCGUAAAUACUGUUUGUAUAGUUCAAUCGCAUUAUUUUAGAAAAUGCAGGUUCUGCUCAAUUCCGACUGAUAGCUGGGUUUUCAAAAACAGCAUGUUUUAUUUUGUAUGUGCAGGUAAGAUUUCUUCUGUAAACAAUAUUUGAAACCCAAUCAUUUGAGACCAAGUAUGUGUUUUACUGAAUAUUUUAUACUGUUACCUAUGCACACUCAACAGUUAAUUAAACAGUUGACGGCCUGGUGUGGUGUGGCUGUGGCCAGGAGUGGGCUCCACUGUGAGAUGUCAUGUUACAGAGGAAUCCGCUUGUGAUCAUACUGAGCCCCCAGCGUUUAUUUCACAUUCUUCGUGUCUUAGCAAUGCUACUUAUGAGUCCUGCAACAUUUGGUUUCACUUAGGCUACUGAGGCAGGCAGGGAGCUGCCAGUGACCAGCUAAAAUAUUAGUAUGACGUCUCCCCCCCCCAAAGUAUUCUUCUAAUGGUGUUGACUUUCCAUUUAUGUGUUCGAGGUUGGCUGUGCCGCUUCACUCUGUCUUGCAUGGCUUAUUUGCUUGAUGAAAUUUCAAGUAUUUAUAGUGGUAAUGCAGCCAGUAGAGCUUAAACAAUGUUGGUUAUUCUGACCUGGAAGGGUAGUGGAGCAGUUAUGUGGUUUUAGGAAGUAUUGGGUUGGUCUAAUAUGCAGCUUGCAGGACCAUAAGGACACAUGCCUUUACAGCAGCUGCUUUCACUUACAUGUUCAGUAAGAACCACAUAUCAAAAUGAAAAAUGGGGUAAGUCAAGUGACAGUGUUGUUCCUGUAAAUUCAAUAUUUAAUGUUGUGAUAAUACAUGCACUGUAUCAUGAUGCAAAUAGGCAAAGAUAAAAUAAAAACGGUAAUGUAAUGAA